UAAAGUAUGCAGUAAACACGUCACAGCAGUUAUAAAUUAUAGCUUGUAGCGAGCAGAUGUGCCUACAUUUCUAUGCCAACCGCGAAAUAAUUCCAAGCUUAUGGAAUUUUAAAAAGUGAUUUUUCUGUAUUAAUCGUAAAGUGCAGGACGCAGAUUAUUGAGCUUUUUAAUUUGUAAACGACGAAGAGUGAUGAUGACUGACAACUGUUCGGAUAUUGUAAACACAGUACUAGGACGUAAACCGUUGUCCGAGCUUGGAAAAACGCUAACGCAUGAGCAUCUGGCUCUCGAUUUUCGCAAGUUUUACGUACCUCCACCGCAGCAUCUUAAACAUUUUCCUAAGGGCCGUCCGUCUCUUCAAGAUAUUGGAUACGUUCGGCAGUAUCCGUAUAGCAGCUUAUACAAUUUGGAGUUUUAUGAUGACGACGCGGCGGAAGCCGUUUGUAAAGAUGUGGAAUUAUUCAAAGAAGCCAUUGGCGGUACCAUUGUGGAGAACAGUAGCCACGGUUUGAAGCGUGAUAUCCCUUUAAUGAAAAAUGUUAGCCGGUCCACGGGAGUUAAUGUGAUUGCAGGAACUGGAUAUUACGUCGCCAGCAUGCAAAGCGCGUCGACUCUCAAUAUAACUGAAGAAGAAAUGUAUAAUUUAAUGUGCAAAGAAUUGGAAGAGGGUUGCAUGGAGUGUCCAGAUGUAAAAGCGGGAUUUAUCGGGGAAGUCGGCAGUACUUGGCCGAUCGAAGAUUUUGAAAAACGUGCCAUUCGCGCGACUGGCGAGCUACAAGCUCAGUUACGUUGCUCCGUGAGCUUUCAUCCUGGAAGGAACGCAUCUGCGCCCACAGAAAUAAUGAGAAUCUAUCAAGAGGCUGGUGGAGAUACGAGCAAGGCCAUCAUGUCUCACGUCGAUCGUACGUUGAUAAAAAAAGAGCAACUCAUGGAAUUCGCCGAUGCUACCAAGUGUUACAUCCAAUACGAUCUGUUUGGCACCGAGUGUUCCUACUAUCAGCUGAAUCCGUCGGUCGAUAUGGUGUCUGAUGCACAGCGUGUCAAACGUAUUGCACUGCUAAAAAAAGAGAAAAAACUGGAUCGAGUUCUAAUGAGUCACGACAUACACACUAAGCAUCGACUGGUGCAUUUUGGAGGACACGGAUAUUCUCAUAUCACUAACAAUGUUGUGCCAAUCAUGAAAAACAAGGGCUUUACGACGAAAGAUAUCGAACUGAUAACGAUUGAGAAUCCUAAGAGAUGGCUUACCCGGCAGUAAUCCGUUUGACAGACUGCAUUUCGCCUUAUUGAUAAUUAUCCACAAAUAGCGCUUUUCUAAUUGUAGUCAUGGCAUAAGAAGCACACAUGUGCUUUCUGUAUAUGAUCAUGUUUUUAAUAAUAAACAAUGUUGCUAAUUGUAUAAUUCAA